AUGGACCCCCAAACUCCCCCCCCCAGCCCCGCCCUGAGCUCCGCCCUGCCUCACCUGGCCAGGCUCAACCCCAGGGCCUUCAGGCUCCUGCAGGCCGAGCGGCGGCUGCUCCAAAACGCCGUCAGGAACGUCCUGGACGGGGAGUUACUGGGCAGGUUCCUGUACCUGAGCGCCAUGGAGAGGGGGGAGCUGGCCAAGAAAAUCGGGACCACCCCGGAUAUGAUCCUGGACGACCUCCUGGAGAUCGACCGAGUCACGGCCCACUUCUGAGGGGCUUCGGGACCCCCAAUUCCCCCCCACUCCCACCCCAAAAUCCCCCCAAAGUGCACAUUUGUAAUAAAACCCAAACCCCCA